AUGCUGAUCGUUAUCGUCAAGCCAUUAAAGAGGGAGUUUGAGCGUCUGCUCUCGGUAACAACCAGCCAUCCAGAAUGCUCUAUAGUGUUUCUCCUCCAAGAGAAGGAAGCCGAAUGCCUUCACAGAAUGUCACUAAUCCAACGACCAUCUCUGCUUAUGGUCAACAACACUGCCGGAUGCAGCAUUGAGUGGGAUGGUGUAAACUGCUGGCCUGCAGCCACUAUCGGGGAAGAGGUGUCUGUGUCCUGUCCCCAGCCACUCAAAAAUCAUGCCGCUCUCCCAGCUCCAAUCACCCGAAACUGUACCAUUCAUGGCUGGAGUCUACCCAGUUUGCCAUACUACAAGGCUUGUCUUAUUGAGGACAAUGGUGAAGACACUGGAGACAAGCAAAAAUACUUUGCUGCAGUGAAGCUAAUUUAUACCAUUGGAUACGGAAUGUCAUUAGCCUCCCUCAUCUCUGCCAUUGUGGUGUUCUGCACCUUCAGGAAGCUGCUUUGCACACGGACCUACAUCCAUUUGAACUUGUUCUCCUCCUUCAUCUUGCGUGGAGUGGCGGUGUUUGUGAAGGACGCUGUGCUGUUUGCAGACGAGAGCACAGACCACUGCACCGUGUCCACUGCUGGCUGCAAGGCGGCAGUGGCCCUCUUCCAGUACUGCGUCAUGGCCAACUUCUUCUGGCUGCUGGUAGAAGGACUGUACCUGCACACCCUGCUUGUUUUUACCUUCACCCAAGAGAGGAGGAUCUUCUGGUGGUACACCCUCAUUGGCUGGGGGUCUCCUACUUUAACCAUUGUCAUAUGGGCACUGUUUAAGAGUCAGUAUGACAACAAAGGGUGCUGGGAUGACCUAGACAGCGCCCUCUGGUGGAUCAUCAAGACACCAAUCCUGUUUUCUGUAUUUGUGAACUUUUUGGUGUUUGUGAACAUCAUCAGGAUCAUCUUUCAGAAAAUGAAGAUGCCAGACGUAGAGGGAAGUGAACGGCCACACUACAGCAGGCUUGCGAAAUCCACCCUGCUGUUGAUACCCCUGUUUGGGGUGCAUUACACGGUGUUUGCACUCUUCCCAGAGCAUGUGGGGUUGGAGCCAAGGCUCUGCUUUGAGCUGGUCCUGGGAUCCUUCCAGGGGUUUAUUGUGGCAUUACUAUACUGCUUCUUAAAUGGAGAGGUGCAGAACGAAGUUCUAAAGCAAAUGAGGAGAUGCCACUUACACAGUGGAGAUACAAGGGAGGGCAACGCUUUCGAUCUGGUGACACAGGAUUACACAGCCUAA